AUGUUUUCCUCUUGUUUCAUAUUUAUCAUUCUAAUUGUGAUCAACUAUUCGAGAUGGACAAAAGAAUCAACCGUUGAAUCAGAUGAAAUUAAGAAUUCAUUUUUAUGGACAAUUCAUUUGGAUUCAACGAAAGGAUUAAUUCGUGGACCUCAAAGGAUUAACGAAACAGUUCUUGAUGUGCAAUUGGAAAUAUGUUCGUGUUCAUCCGAUGGAUUAAAUCAAGAAAAUGGUUCCAACGAACGAGAUUCAUAUUGUUCGGUAAUUUGUGAUUAUAAAGACAAAAAUCGUUCAUUUGAAAGAAGGAGCUCGAAAAAGGUGAGAAUCGCAGUUGUCUCUUUCGUCGUUGACGAAAAUUAUUUCGACGAUGAAAGUCUGAGCGUUUAUGAGAAGACAUUAAGACAAAGUUUCGAUUGUAUUGAAUCUGGAAGUUGUCAAGAUAUUGAGUCGAUGGAGGAAACAGAUUAUGAUGAAUCGCUCAAUCAUUUGCUGGUCAAACGAAAAACUGAUCAGGAUUCUCAUAAAAAUGGCGAUAAAUUGACAAAAAAUCGAAAAGGGAAAAAACAUAAAACCCAUUCAGCGAAACACAAUAAUUCUAAACAUGCUCAUAGUGGAGCACCGACUCUUCGCACGAUUGUUCCUGAUCCUCCGAUAAAACCGAUAGAUAAAAAUCCAUUCGAAGAUGCACAAGUUCAAUUACGAACUUUUCAAAGCAAUCCAGCAGUUUGUUUCAUGUUCGCUUGUCCAAGCCAAUCGACAAUUCAUAAUGAUUAUAAUCACAGCGAUGAACACGAAGAAGAGCCAAUAUAUGAGCAGAAAAUGGCGACAAAAACACCAACAGUGGUCACAGAAAGUUCACAUGUUACAAGUACUACAAUAGCAGCAACUACACCGACGACAACAACGACAAAACCUGAGCUAUCGUCAUCAACAAAACCCGUUGAAGUUUCAACAGUGAGAGUAAGAAAUACACCGAAAGGAUAUCCUUUUGCGAAUCGCUCCAAACCUCGAAAUAAAACCAAAUCGGGCAAAGAGAGCGAGCAAACAUAUUGACACUUCGAAGUCCAUUUAUUGAUGAUUGAAAAUACUUGAAAGUUGUAUAAAUGUCUAAAGUCAGAAAGUCAUUAAAGUUGAA